GUGUUUCGUUGGUGGGUCUGAUUCGAGAAGGCUGACAAAUGAUAAAUCCACCAUCACCAACCACCCUUCUUGGAGCUUCGAGCCACCUACCUCCGUAGAGCCUUGAAAAGAGCAGCCCUUCCCGCCCACCUUCCAAAAACCGGACCUUUUUCCACUGACAACAACCCGAACCUCACCCCCAUUAGCAACCUGGAUUAGUGACUUGCAGUGGCGAGGAGAAAUACCUAGGUAGACAUCACAUCAUGGCACCCGUACUAACACUCUACGACACCGCCCUCGUGCCCGUCCUCCGCACACUCAAGAACCUCACCAACAUCCUGAAAAAGGGCGAGGCGUAUCUCGACAGCAAGGGCCUGCCGCAUUCGGAACUGCUCGAAGCCCGCCUUGCGCCGGACAUGCACCCGUUGCCCUUCCAGGUCCGGACGGCGUCGAAUGCGGCGAAAUUCAUCGCCGUGCGUGUGGGCGGGGUCACGAACCAGCCGUGGGAGGACAACGAGGAGACAUUCGAGGAGUUGCAGGCCCGGCUGGCGAAGACCGUCCAGUUUCUCGAGGCCGUGGACCGGAGCCAGUUUGACGACAAGGAAGGUGUCGAGGUCACUCUGUUCGAGCACAAGUUCACGGGUCUGAGUUAUGUGAAUGACUUUGCGCUGCCGAAUUUCUACUUUCAUGCGGUCACUGUGUAUGACAUUUUGAGGACGAAGGGGGUGGAUGUGGGCAAGAAGGAUUGGAUUGGGUGGUGAACCGCUAACGUGGCGAGUUCGCGGGUUGGCAGGUUGGCAGGUGGCAGGUUGAAGAGGGCUUUGAUUGUUUGUCAAGAUGAGACGGUGGAGAUGAGAGGUUGGAGGACGGAGAAUGGGCGAGGCAACCGGACCAUGGUUCCUGCGGAUGUACAGGGACAACCGAGGUGGAAGGUUGUUGUUGACAUGGGCGUGGAACUGAAAAACCUUUACAGGGGGCGAGGCUGGAGAACUGGCGAACUGGCGAACACCGGCUGGUACCGUUAGGAGGGUGAGAGACGAUCAUUGGACUUUUCAAUCCACGGUAUUAAUCUCCUGGCGCACCUCGUACUGUACAAAAUUGCGGGUUGAGCUUCCCUCCUGAUUUCGUGGCCAGAGAAUUCUGACGCACAAGAGGCUGUUUGUCGACAAGGCUAGGUACUUCAUCGAACCUUGGUCGUAAGCAUGAUGAGAUCCUGGUCGAAGCAGAUUCUUUCUUUAUCUAUGGUUCG